AUGGCGUUACCCAUAAUUGCUGGAGCGGCUGGCACAGCAGCAGUCGCAGCCUACCUGAACGCAAAACACCACAUUGCUCAUGACCUCAAGAAUGCUCGCGGCGGGCUCUCACAAUCACAAGAGGUUGUAGAUUUCAUUACCGAUCGCGCCAUCCGAAAACGCGUUCUUACCUACCAUGUCUUCGAAGACCAGGUUCGCAAGCAGCCCAACCAUCCCUUCCUCAUCUUCGAAGGCAACGCAUGGUCGUACAAACAGUUCUUCGAGGCUUUUACAAGAGUGGGGAAUUGGUUGAUAGAUGACCUCGGCGUACAAGUAGAUGAGGUGGUUGCUAUGGAUGGCGGGAACAGCCCAGAGUAUUUGAUGCUUUGGUUUGCUCUGGACGCGAUUGGAGCUGUUCCAAGCUUCGUCAAUUGGAACUUGACUGGAACGGGGUUGGUACAUUGCGUAAAAAUAUGCAAUUCUAGGUUUCUCAUCACAGACGCCGAUGUCAAGAGCAAUGUCGAACCAUGCCGUGCCGACCUCGAGGAAACAGGCAUAAAGAUUGAAUAUUUCGAUACAUCCUUCUUUGCAUCUUUAUCAAACUCGAAACCUAUACCAGACUCACGUCGCGAACAACUUACCAUGGAGUCUAUCCGCUCGCUCAUGUAUACUUCUGGAACUACUGGAUUGCCUAAAGCCGUGAUUUUGAGCACCGGUCGCGAGCUCUUGACCGGUUAUGGUGUCGCAAAAUACUUGAAUCUCAAACCAGAAGCCAGAAUGUACACAUGCAUGCCACUUUACCAUGGCGCUGCACACGGACUCUGCGUGACACCGAUCGUCCAUGCUGGCAGCACAAUCGUACUAGGCCGGAAAUUUUCGCACAAGACCUUCUGGCCCGAAGUAGCAGCUUCAGAUGCGACCAUCAUACAGUACGUCGGCGAGCUCUGCCGAUACUUGCUCAAUGGCCCAACGAACCCAUACGAGCGAAAACAUAAGGUGCAAAUGGCCUGGGGCAACGGUAUGCGACCAGAUGUAUGGGAGCCCUUCCGUGAGCGUUUCAACAUACCCAUCAUCAACGAACUAUAUGCGGCUACCGAUGGAUUGGGGUCGACCUUCAACCGCAAUGCGGGUCCUUUUACAGCUAAUAGCAUUGGUCUCCGAGGUCUGAUCUGGAAUUGGAAGUUUAGGGACCAGGAAGUGAGAGUGAAGAUGGACGUUGACACCGAGGAUAUCAUGAGAGAUGCAAGAGGCUUUGCGAUUCGAUGUGGAGUUAAUGAACCAGGUCAGGUCUUGCAUAGGCUGACACCUGAGACGGUGGCCAGUGCACCGGGUUAUUACAACAAUGAGGAUGCAACGCAGGGUCGGAGGAUCACUGAUGUGUUCGAGAAGGGUGAUAUGUGGUUCAAGUCUGGCGACAUGAUGCGACAGGAUGCCGACGGCCGCGUCUUCUUCGUCGACCGCCUUGGUGAUACUUUCCGUUGGAAGUCUGAGAACGUGUCCACGAACGAAGUAGCCGACAUGAUUGGCAAAUUCCCACAGGUUGCUGAAACUAACGCGUACGGCGUGCUUGUACCUGGUUAUGACGGCCGCGCGGGAGCUGCUUCCAUUGUCAUGGCGGACGGCGUUACUGAAGCGACAUUUGACUUCUCAGCAUUGGCGAGGCAUGCUAAAGCAGUCUUGCCGAGCUAUGCUGUACCACUCUUCUUAAGAGUAACACCUGCAUUGGAAUACACAGGUACUUUGAAGAUUCAAAAGGGCAGGUUGAAGAAGGAAGGUGUAGAUCCGGAUAAGAUUACGGGUGAGGAUAAACUGUACUGGCUGCCUCCUGGAAGUGAUCGGUAUCUGCCAUUUGCGAAAAAGGACUGGGAAGCCAUAUUAGAGAAGAGGGUGCGUCUGACAUAG